AUGCAAGUUACCGACAUCGCACUGGCACUCGCCGGAUUAAAACUUUUGGAAGACCUGAUUGUCUACAAAGCUCCAUGGGAUCCUAUGCCUGUGUUUGAUGAGCUCAAUUUUGAAUACCCACCCCAUUGGAUUCAAAAGGUUGCCCAUGUGAUUUCCCUGUCCUGGGUCGCUGUUACGGUUGCCAAUGCCAGCCACAUCUUUACCGGUGACUUGGUAGGCAAUGACAUGGCCACAACCUUUGCUGUCCAAUUGGCUGUAGCUUCAUCCUUGGGUCCCUCGGGAGAGCAUUCAUUGGAACCAUCCAAAAAAAGGAACGUUCCAACAAGCAAAAUGGUCCACGAAGGCUUGUUGUAG